AACAAAAAAUUAGGUGCACGGUAGCGCUUUGCCAGACGUGGUACAUGAAAGACGCAAGCUUGUUACAACUAUAUUCUGUGUUCGUGAUCUCUACCGUUAUAUAUCCAUAGAAAUGUUUGCUGCCGCCACCAGAGCUCGUGGCUCCAUCCGUCGUUUGGCUUCUGUCGGCCAAAGAUCCAUCCCGUCCUUGUCCAGAUCGUACGCUGCUGGUAUCAGAGACCCAAACCCAGAAGAGAUCCAGAAUUCCUUGGGCUCCAUUUCCAUCAAUGAGGUUAAGAACUCUCCGUACAUUGCCUACCCACACAUGGACUCUCCGUACCAGAAGUGGGUCGACAAGUUGCAGGAAAAGUCCCACGAAAUCAAGCAUUUCACUGUCAACUUUGGCCCUCAGCAUCCAGCCGCCCACGGUGUGUUACGUUUGAUUUUGGAGUUAAAUGGUGAAGAAAUUGUCAGAUCCGACCCCCACGUCGGUUUGUUGCACAGAGGUACCGAAAAGUUGAUUGAGUCCAAGACUUAUAUGCAAGCCUUGCCAUACUUCGAUCGUAUGGACUACUCUUCCAUGAUGACCAACGAAUUGUCUUUUUGUCUUUCUGUCGAGAAGUUGUUGAACAUCGAGGUCCCAAUCAGAGCCAAGUACAUCCGUACCUUGUUUGGUGAAAUCACCCGUUGUUUGAAUCACAUCAUGUCCGUCAUGUCCCACGCCAUGGAUGUCGGUGCCUUGACUCCGUUCUUGUGGGGAUUCGAAGAGAGAGAGAAGAUGAUGGAGUUCUACGAGCGUGUCUCCGGCGCUAGAUUGCACUGUGCCUACUUCAGACCAGGUGGUGUCUCCCAGGACCUCCCAGCCGGUAUGUUGGACGACAUUUACAUGUGGGCCACCCAGUUCGGUGAUCGUUUGGAUGAAACCGAAGAAUUGUUGACUGACAACAGAAUCUGGCAGAUCAGAUUAAAGAACGUGGGUGUUGUUUCCGCUGAGGAUGCUAUGAACUACUGUAUGUCCGGCCCAAUGUUGAGAGGCUCCGGUAUUCCAUACGAUAUCCGUAAGUCCCAGCCAUACGACGCCUACGAGUACGUUGAUUUUGACGUUGCUGUCGGUAUCAAUGGUGACUGUUUCGAUAGAUACUUGAUCAGAAUGGCCGAGUUCCGUCAGUCCUUGAGAAUCAUCGACCAGUGUAUCAACCAGAUCCCAGCCGGUCCAGUUAAGGUCGAGGACUACAAGAUUGCCACUCCAUCCAAGGCUGCCAUGAAGGAAGACAUGGAGGCCUUGAUCCACCAUUUCUUGUUGUUCACCAAGGGUUACGCUGUUCCGCAGGGUGAGACCUACACCGCUAUCGAGGCACCAAAGGGUGAAAUGGGUUGUUACAUCGUGUCUGACGGUUCCGAAAGACCAUAUAGAUGUAAGGUCAGAGCCCCAGGUUUCGCCCACUUGGGUGCCUUCGACCACAUGGCUAGGGGCUCCUUCUUGUCCGAUGCUGUAACUAUCAUUGGUACCAUGGAUUUGGUGUUCGGUGAAGUCGAUCGUUAAGACGUCCUGGCUAGUCACCCUCUCUGGUCCUCUUUUGUGCCGCAUUCUCAACAUCCCUUGUCCAUAUUAUACAAUAAAGAGAUCAGGGGAAUGCACAGUACAGAAAGAAGGACGAAAUACAAAAUUCCCUCCUGGUUCGAAAGAACUAUUUCACUCCAGCAUCAUUCUCCUCAUUGAUACAUAUACUUAUAUGUCAUUAUAUUUAUUAUGUUUUUAGUCCCUAAGGCUCCCUUUCUUUUAUGUUUACUUCAAUACUUUGCAAUUUUUCUUAGCAACUCUUAUUUAUUUGGUAUUAAAUCUAAUUAUUCGAUUAUAUUUUAUACGAUAACUUUAAUUCCAGGAAAUCGC